AUGGCGGGCUUGUUUGAUAGUUCCGGCAUUGAAUGCGACUCCGAAGAAGACCCCCUUCGCGACAUAACUACCUUGCCUGAACAAGCCCCUGAGAUCUUCUCCGAUGACCAACAAACAAGGGAUAGAUCCCCACAAUCACCCGAGGCUCUCACACGUCCGAGCGGACUAGUUUCUGAUCUGAUGCGGGCUGACCUAGACCAGCUAUACUUUGAUCGUGUCCACCCAUUUGCUCCUAUUUUACAGCGCUGGCGAUAUCAUGUCUGGGCGAAGCACCCCAAGAAAAGCGAAGCCCAGAUGUGCCUACAGUAUGCGAUGUGGACAGUAGCCGCAUCUCUAUCGGCCCACUUCCAAUCUCUCCGAGACAACCUUUACCAGGAGACGCGCCGAACUUUGGAUGCUAUGGACCUCAAUAGCCCCACAAAUGGAAUACUAGCAAUUGAGCAGGCGCAGGCAUGGGUCCUCGUUUCUAUUUACGAGUAUAUGCAGCUCUCGCCGAACCAAGCAUGGAUGAGCGCCGGAAGAUGUUGCCGUCUGGUCUUGGGCAUGCGGCUGUACGAGAUAGACGAUCCCAACAGCCCACUAACAAUGGCUCGGGAUCAAGAGCCGAGCUUAAUAGACUGGACCGGGUUGGAAGAGCAACGGCGAACGUUUUGGAUGGCUUAUUCCUUGGAUCGGUUUAUUAGCUUCCACAACGGGUUGCCGUACACACUGGAUGAAGAGUUGAUUGCGACUCGAUUGCCUGCGCCGGAUGAAGAUUUCCAAGCUGGCCAUCCAGCAGCAACCCUAUUUCUACCCGACGUUAUGACGAGAGGUGCAAGCAACGAUAGUUCUAACAACCUAUCGUCAUUUAGUGAAUGUAUCAUCCUUGCUACAAUAUGCGGUCGAGCACUGUCCCAUCGACAAAAGGUAGCUGUCGAGCAGAUAAAUGGAGAUGUCGUUGAUGCAUUCUGGACACGGCAUCAAUGGUUGCAUGAAAUGCUCACAUAUCGUAUCCAGGUACUCUCUGCGUCGGUACAGGUGGACCCAAUGCUCAUUUUUGCGAGAAUCGUAGCACAGACCUUGGUUCUUUUCCUCCACAGUGUACUGGAAUCGAUCACAUGGAAGACAGGGGAGCAUUUUUUAGGCAUCCUUGAAUAUGAGCGCCUAUGUGUCAUGGCGGCACACGAAGUCGUCAACCUCGUGAAGCUACAAGGUCAGUUAGGGUAUUUCAAGGUACAUCCUUUGACCCCCAUUCCAAUCAUGAUGUGUACCGAAUUUUUUACGGCACACGCGUAUCUCGACAGUUCAUUCGAUAUCAUGCUACAAGAACUCCUCGAAUGCCUUCAGGAUUUAGAUCGCGUGAAAAACCUGAGUCAGAGUCCUGCGCUAUCCAUUUAG